AUGGUGCGCCAGUCUCAGGCCCGUCCCUCCCGGGGCAGGGCAUCUCGUGGCCGUCAGCCAAAGCGUGAGGCAUCGCGAAGACGAUCAAGUCCGGAUGUCUACCAGAAGAUGUUGGAAGAGGCUGAAGCACGAGACCCUGAACAGUUCCAUUCAGAUAGGCCAAUCAAGAGACGAAGAGUUGCAGACUCGAAGGCUAUCCCUGUUGUUUCACCAGAACCAGCGCAGACCAGCAGAGUCGCAGAUCCAGGUCAAGAAGAAGAAGUGCCGGCAAAAAAGGUGCAAACAGUCUACGAUCUCUCGGAAACAGAUGAAUCAGAGGUUGAAUGGGAAGAUGUGGAUAUUCAGCAGCCAGUACUCGAACCAUCUAGCGCGGCUGCCGUGUCACAAGGAAGCAACGAGACACUCCAAAUUACCCUUGAGCAAGUGCCAGAGAAGCGAAAAAAGACUGUGCACAGGAGAAAGCCAGUUACCGCAGCUGAGAAGAAGACCCGGCUGGAUGUCCAUAAAGUCCAUCUUCUAUGUCUUUUGGCUCAUGUCAACAUACGAAACCGGUGGUGCAAUGAUGACUCGGUGCAGAGUUACCUGAAACGAAUUUUGCCCAAGAGGAUUGUUGCACUUUUGAACCCAGAUGACGACAAGCCACAGCAUGUGCGGUCUACUACCUUCCUCGAUGGUUUGAACCAAGCCGGUGACAUCUUUACCCGGAGGUUUCGUGUCAACAAGCCAGGCUUGAAGCGUCCGCACUGGGCCGAAGAUCAAAAUCAACUCAAACAGAGGAUGGAGUCAAUAAUGUCAAAUCUUGAAGUCUUUCCAUCCAAAGCGGAUUUUCAAUCCCAAGCAAAGACCAUGCAGGGCUCUCGAGACUUCGGCGCACAGUUAUUUUGUGCCUUACUGCGGUCAGUCGCAGUGGAAGCACGACUCGUCUGCUCAUUGCAACCGUUGCCAUUUUCCGGCACAGUGAAGGAUUUGACACCAUCCAAACAAGCUCCUCAAUACAUUGUCGUUUCGUCUGACGACCAUGAAACGUCAACUGAUGAGCGCCAAGAUUCCAUAGGGGAUUCGCCAAUACCAUCGAGAGUAAAGCGGCUUGCAAGACCUGAGUUCACUUCACGGCCUGGCCAAACGUCCGUUCGCUUAGGCUCUCUUCCAACCCCGAGGGAAUCUUCAUACCCGGUGUUUUGGGUAGAGGCCUUCAACGAAGCUGUGCAAAAAUGGCUCCCAAUUGACCCUAUGGUCACAAAGUCUGUGGCAAAGCCCUCCAAGUUCGAGCCUCCUGCAAGUGAUCCGUAUAACAACAUGAGCUACGUGGUUGCCUUCGAGGACGACGCUUCCGCAAGAGACGUCACUCGGCGCUAUGCGAAGGCAUUUAAUGCGAAGACGCGCAAACUCCGAGUCGAAUCGACGCGAGAUGGUGCAGAAUGGUGGAAUGCUGCACUUCGAGCAUACGAGAAGCCUUUCCUUGAAGAUCGAGAUGAGCUUGAAAUAAGUGAAUUGACUUCCAAGUCCGCAGCUGAGCCUAUGCCACGAAAUAUCCAGGACUUCAAAGACCAUCCAAUCUAUGCGCUCGAGAGGCAUUUACGUCGGAAUGAGGUGAUCUUCCCCAAACGAGUCAUUGGGCAUGUCGGUUUGAGCAAAACGACUCCAAAGAGCGACAACUUAGAUCCCGUCUACCGCCGAUCUGACGUGCAUAUCGUGCGCAGCGCUGAUAAAUGGUAUCGCCUGGGACGAGAUGUCAAAGUUGGAGAGCAACCUCUCAAACAUGUUCGUGCGAGACAACCCAAAAGCGAAUUUGACAGCGACGAUGAAGAAAAUGAACCGGAGCAGACUCCUCUUUAUGCCGAGUAUCAAACGGAGAUUUACCGACCGCCCCCAGUGGUUCAAGGAAGGAUCCCCAAGAAUGCCUAUGGCAACCUGGAUAUCUAUGUCCCAAGCAUGGUACCACCCGGAGCAGUACACGUCCAAAGACCUGAAGCGGCUCGAGCUGCAAGAAUCCUGGGGAUCGAUUAUGCGGACGCUGUAACUGGGUUUGAUUUCAAAGGACGGCGCGGAACCGCCGUUAUUGGGGGAAUCGUCAUCGCGUGUGAAUAUCAUGAAGCCCUGGAAGAAGUUAUGAGGGGCAUGGCGGAUGAAAAGCAUCGAGCUGCACUUGAAGCGAGAAGCGUGGAGGCCCUUCGGUUCUGGCGACUUUUCCUGGUUAAGCUUCGGAUCGCGGAACGAGUGAAAGCAUAUGCUGCCGAGGAUGAGGGAAAUGGUGAUGAAUCCGCCUCGGAAAUGAGUGUCGAUGAUGUGGAAGGAACUGGUGGAGGAUUCUUUCUCGACCCAGAGCAGCCCGCAUAUAGUUCGCCCCUUGAAACUCGGGAGAGAAUGCUGGGAAGUGGUGAAGUGCAUGCCAUCGACAAUGGCACAGAAGAAGACCAUCUCGGAGGAGGGUUCUUCCCAGAUGAAUCUAUCUUGAGCGGAGUUGACGCAGCCAAUGCUGGGCAUGAAGAUGACACUCUCGGGGGAGGGUUUCUCCCUGACGAACAUAUUGAUGAAGGACCAGCCCCCAACCCUCCGACAGACAACAGUGACCAAGAAGAUGGAGUUUCCGGGGGAGGGUUCAUGCUUGAUGAUUCCGUGAAUGUUGACUCCAUCCCCAGACCUCCAGCCACCCCCCAGCCUUUGAAAUUACCAAGGGCUAAGAGAUCAAAGGCUUCAAACAUACCCCGCUACGAGUUGAUUGUGAUUCCUAAAUCAGCUACGAAAUCUGAGGAACAGCCAGCCACAACCAAAGGUCCGACAUUCAGAGAGCCAAAGCGGUCAUCCGAGAAAGCCCCUAUUACUGUUGAUUCGUCAACAAAUGGCGACUCCAAGUCUACCAGUGCGGUGGACAUUAUGUCCCGACCACCAUCUCCUCAUGAGCAGCCUCGUCAAUCUCAAACUCAGCCCCCAGAGGACUCUGAUAGUGAGAUUGAGAAAGGAUCUCUACUGUCUGAAGACCCGGAUGAUGAGGAUGCAGUCCCUGAUUGGCUCAUCUGA